AGGUGUCUGUCUGUCUGUGGAGAGGCUGGCUGAGGCGACGAGUUUCUCGUGCCGCCGAAUUCCCCGCCCGAGCCCGCUGAGCCUUGCUGCGCUGCCCGCGGCGAGAUGGCGACCAUCCUGUCCCAGUACAGUACCACCGGAUUCUAUAAUGCACCAGUUAGCAAGGGACUCAUGGGAUGUAUGUUCCUGACAUGUACUGCUCUAAAUGUGCCACUCUUUGCACAUUUAAGAAAAUACCUCAUUUGCAAAAUCCCAGAUGUCUUUCUUAAAGGAGAGAUAUGGCGAAUAGCUUCAGCAAAGAUUUCUUUUGUUGACACUAAGGAUCUAGUUUGUGGUUCCUUACUUAUUUAUUAUUUUAGAGUGUUUGAGCGACGGUAUGGGUCGCAUAAGUUUGCAUCCUGUCUGGUGGCUUCGCAGGUUCUUACAACAGUGCUGGAGGUCCUAACGAUACUCACUUUGCAAUGGCUGGCAAUUGACCUGCAUUCAGGGGGAUUCCUGCCUCCUGGACCGUAUGGUAUGAUCUUUCCUCUCUUCGUGAACUACCUAUUUGAUAUUCCUCGCGUUGCACAGACGAGUGUGCUUGGGAUACCUAUAACAGGGAAGACCCUCACUUACCUGUUAGGGUUGCAGGUUUGCUCCACAUCGCCUGCAACGGCUACAUCAGCACUCUGCGGCAUUAUUGCAGGUGUGCUCUAUCGGUACAAAUAUUUUUGUAUAUAUUCAGCAAAUGAAUGUGCCCCAUGUGGGUGCCCAGGGCCAUGGGGGCUUGUGCGGUGCCAAGCCCACUCUUCUGGCUAUACGACAAAAAAAAUUGCGCAACCAAAUCGGCCAGGGGCAAAUGGUGCUGUCCCUCCAUUCAUGCAAAAUUUCAUUGGAAGAAGACAAAACAAUCCAGUUCACCCACCACCCCCUCCCACUGAGGAACAGGUUCAAACCUUAGUUGAGAUGGGAUUCGACAGACAGAGAGUGAUCAAUGCCCUUCAGACUUGCAACAAUGAUGUAAACACAGCAACACAUCUUCUUCUUCAGGAAUCAUGAUAAAUGUAGUGCUGUAGUCGAAACAAUGGACAACUAUUGUGAUAGGAUCUGUUGGGGAGGCUGCAUUUAGAUACCUAUUCCUAUAUUUUGUAAUAACCUAUGAAAGGUGUAGAGUUUUUUAAUAUCAUGCUGAUCAUAGAAAAUUAAUAUUUGAAUAUAGGUACGAGGAAGCAUUUAUGCAGUAAUUUCCAAAUCUAUAGAGUAUUUUUCACCUUGAAAUGCUAUGCCCACAUCGAGGUCCAUCUGGAGACCUGAGAAAAGCUAGUCAUAGCAACUCACCAACUAAUCUACAGAAAAUGUAUCAUCAAAAUUAGCGGGAAAAUAAAGAUAUCAUAUAAAUUGUUUUGUAAGUUAUUUUUUUUAGAUGUACAUACAAGACACAUUUGUAUAAAGAAAAAAAAAAAAAGAAAUAAAAAGCUGAAAACGGAAGGCGGUAGCUUCUGCACGUGAAAAUUUAAUUCUCUUUGUUGCUUGCUUCUUUGUUCAUUUGUCUUGUUACUGAAGUUUGACAUGACAUGACAGCUCUCAAAAGAAAUCCUUCCAAUGUACCGGAACUUCAGAAUUUUGCUGUUGCACUUUGUAACAUAUAUAUAUAUAUAUAUUAUCUGCAUAGAAUUAAUGUAGAUAUUUCCAGGUAAUAAUAAGGAAAAGGAAUCAAAUGUUUUUUCCUUCCAUUUCAUGUUUUAAAAAGUAAUUAUUUGUGUGGUUCUGGAUAAACUAUGCAUUAAAGUAUGUUAAUGCAUAGUAUGAAAACCAGUAUUCAUCAAUUUUUUGUUAUGCUAUCUUCACAUCAGUUUUUCUUUCGUAUACAGUAGCAUCCAAAGUUCUGUUGUCACAUAUUAAAACAUAUUUGUAGUUCAGAAAAAGAGAUAUGUAGUUAAUUCCAUUCCACCUCGUGCUGAGAGCAAGUAAGGUGUCAUCUCAGGACAUUUCUAAAAGGGGGAUUUUUUUUUUUUUUUUUUUUUUUUUAAUCUCAGGAAAUUACUGCAAAGCACCUAGUCUCUUUCAGAUGAACACACAUGCAUAAACUUGCACUGAAAGAAUAUUAAAGGAAUAACAAGUACUUAUUUUCAAAAUUUCAGUUUUAGGUAAUGAGAUGAAUAGUGUAAAUAUUUUUUCAUAAAGAACAAGUUCUUCAUAGCACAGAUGAAAAUUAUAUAUAAAUAUGCAGUUACAACAGAUGAACAAGCUACUAAUUAGUAUACUUCUGAGAGAAUAUUCAUAGUAUAAAAGCUGAUUUUUAUAUGAAAGUUUUUAAAAUGCGUAUUGAGAUCUAAAAUGGUGAAAUAUCAGUGGGACCAAUGCGUUAUCACAGUAAUGUUUUUUCUUAUUUUGUUGUUAUUUCAGAUUUUAUUUCUUUUUCUCAACCACUUCGCCUAAAGCUAUGGAGUCAUUACUCAUCAGAUAUGGUACUGUUUGGUAGAAUCCAUUAGAACUUUUGAUUAUCCAUGCUUCAUUUUCAAUAGUCUGCAGCUAUGUCAAGACUAUUUGUGAAGGACAGAGCACUUUUCUUUUUCUUUCUUUCUUUUUUUGUUAGGUAAACUUCUUUAUUUGCCUUCCUAAAUGCAACCAAAUGUGAAGGGUUUUCUGGAUUAUGAUAUCUGUAUUUUAGAGAGCUAGUAUUCAGAACCUUAUUUAUUUUGCAUAUUUCAAGCACACAAGCUGUAUGAACAAAAGAUACAGUAAUGAGUUUGAUGUACAUACAUAUUAAAAUAUUUACCUUGGUCAUUCAGCAACAAAUCUUUCCCAACCCAUUGCUGCCAGGUACAUGUACUUGUCCAUGGUAGUUUUGCUUUGUAUUUAUUUAUUUAUGUAUUUUUUAUUUUAUUAUUAUUUUUUUUUCUAUUACUAUUUAUUUAUUUAUUUAUUAUAAUUUUUUUUUUACUAUUACUUUUUCUUAUUUAUUAUUUAUUUAUUAUUUAUUUAUUAUUUAUUUAAUUUUUUACAUGUAGAUGGCUCCACAAGCAUUUAGUUCCAAAAGUACCCAAUGGAUCUUGCCUGAUUUCCCCACUUCUUGAAUUUUCAGAGAAAAUUUCCCUUGCAAAAAAAAUUGAUAAUGUUAUUAUUAUUAUUAUUAUUAUUAAUUUGUCAUCAUAAUCAUCAUCGUCAUUGUUAUUAUUAAUGUUCUUGUUAUUAUUUUUAUCAUUAUUUUUAUUAUUAUUCCUACUGGUGUUGUGAUUAUUCUAAUGCUAACAAUACUAAUACCAAUGAAAAAAUAUAUAUAUUCUCCUAAAUUCUAGUAGAAGAGUAUACAGUUGAUAAGGCAACUAAUAUCUUGGUAAUUUAGCAUUUGUGGAGUCAUUUAUGUGUACAUAGAAUGAGUAAAAUAUAAUUACCAUGUACCUGGCAUGUUUACGUCAUCCCAAUGUUAAUAGUUUUAUUGCCAGUCACAAAAUUUUGAAUAAACAUGCAAAGAGAGCAAAAAUGAGUGAGUGAUGGGUAUGCAUGGGACCAACAACAUAGAAGGCAAUUAAAUAAUGUGUCAUUUUCUGAACAAUGUAGAAUAUAUCUCUUUUCCCCUUUCUCUUCUUCACAUGAAUGGUAAAUUGUGACUUUAUUUAGGUUUUGAGUUAUUUGUUUCUGAAUUAGGAUCUCAGAUUUAUAUUACAAAAAACUAAAGCAGUUUAUAGUCAAGGAAAAUUUAAAAUGAGGUCUGAAGCCAAAUAUUUCAGAUUCAGAGCAAAAAGUGGAGCACCAAAAAAUGUAAUAGAACGGAGUGAUUUGUGUCAUGUGCUGUUGUAAAAAAAAAGUAAUUCUCAAAUAGUUAUAUAAGUUCAGUGUGAGGUUUAUGUGGAGGAUGACACAGUAUUGGAGGCAAAUUAUUACUCUGUAGCAUGGUGCUGGUGCCAUUAUAUGACCUUGUUAGCUAUACAUUAAUGUUUUGCUGUUUGUGUACCACUUGUGCAAGAUAAACAAUGUCAUGAGAUGGCUAGCUUUCAGAUUUUAUGUUUUGUUUGGAUAUUUUGUAAAAUUGUAUGUGGCAAGAAUGCCUCAAUUAUUUAUUGUUAUAUUAUUUCCUUGUUUUAUUAGAUUUACGGAUACAAUUUAUGCAAGACUUUAAUGGUUAAGUUCAAGUGAUGUAUCUAUGUCCCCAGUGAAUUUCUUUUCAGAUGUAUGAGGUAAGUGUUUAUUGUAUAUAUUGUGCAUGUAUGAGUGUUUAAAAAAGGAGUUGAAGAAAUAAAACAUAAACAACACAUAUUUCCAAUAAAUUAUUCUUUUUUUGAACAUUGCAUUGUAAUUAACAUCAUCUCAAGCCUGUUUCACUUGUAUUUAGAUUCAUUUAAGAGAAUGACCGGAUUAUAAAAAAGGACCUUGUUUUAUAUAUUUGAUGUACAAAUUUUCAAUUUAUAAAUGAUAUAAGACAGGUUCUUUAUGCCUCUGCUGAAACAUUAUUACUUCCCUUUUUUAUGAACUCCACUUAUAAAGACCCCAAUCUACAUGAUUAUUUAACCCAUUUAUUGCAGCUGUCAUGGCAUACUUGCCAUGUCUUCAAUAAUUUUAGUUCUUGUUUAUACAGAUGGCUCCAUGAGUGUUUAGUCACCAAGGAGUCAGUUAUUAGUCCGAUCUAUCUCACUUUUUACUCUUUUCCUUUUUAUUUUUUUUAGUAUUGUAAUGAUAUCUUAAUUAUCAUAAUUUCAAUAAUAGUAACAGUAUUAAUACCAAUAGCAUUAGAAACAAAAUAAAGGAAUGAGAAACCUAGGUGGUCACUUGGGCCUACUAACUGAUUCAUCUUUGGCAUUGCACUUGUGGAGCCAUGUAUGCAACAAAAUUCACAAAACAUUACAGUGGAUAGUACAUUAAUCUGCAACCAAAGGGUUGGUGAUAAUUUGUGCAAUCUUUUCCAGC